AGAAGGCAUACCCCAUGCUGCCGUAUUGAAUUACGGGAAAAGAGAUUUUCUACUGUAUGUUUCACUUCUGUCUAGCUUGCAUAGCUCAUUUUUCACUCAAGGACACACCAUCUCCCUGGACACAUUUUUUACAUAUCACCCCUCAUUUUCCGAUCAGUUUUACCUGGAUAUCAAUGGUCAUGGUGAAAGAAAAAGUGGCACAUGCGCAGGACACACACCAUUCCAAUGAGAAGCCUCUGAUUCAGUGCUACAAGUGUGGGGAGCCAUGUAAGGGUGAGGUGCUGCGGGUCCAGUCCAAGCACUUCCACCUGAAGUGCUUCACCUGUAAAGUGUGUGGCUGUGACCUGGCUCACGGAGGCUUCUUCAUGAAAAAUGGAGACUACCUGUGUACCCUGGACUACCAGCGAAUGCACGGUACACGCUGCAACGGCUGUAGGGACUUUGUGGAGGGAGAGGUGGUCACUGCCCUAGGCAAGACUUACCACCCUGCCUGCUUUGUCUGCACCAUCUGCAAACGACCAUUUCCUGCUGGGGAUAGGGUCACCUUCAAUGGCAAAGACUGUCUGUGUCAGUACUGUGUCCAGCCCACGUCCCCAGGACCUGGCAAAGACCUCAUCGACUCCAACUGCUGUACGGGCUGUGGUAGAGACAUUAAGAAUGGUCAGGCUCUCUUAGCACUGGAGAGACAGUGGCACCUGGGCUGCUUUAAGUGUAAGGCCUGUCAAAAAGUCCUCACUGGGGAGUACAUCAGCAAGGAUGGCGCACCCUAUUGUGAGAAGGACUACCAGAUCCAUUUUGGGGUCCAGUGCGAGGCAUGCCAGCAGUUUAUCACAGGCAAAGUGCUGGAGGCAGGGGACAAACACUACCAUCCCAGCUGUGCACGAUGCAGCAGGUGCAACCAGAUGUUCACAGAAGGAGAAGAGAUGUACCUGCAAGGAUCAACCGUGUGGCACCCAGGCUGUAAGAACACAACCAGAACAGAGGAGCAACAGAGGGAACAGCCUUCAAGGUCGUCAUCUGAGAGUAUCUGUUCCAGACCUGGUUCAAGCAUACAUGGCUCACCAGGUCAUACCAUAUAUGCAAAAGUAGACAAUGAGAUCCUUGAAUACAGGGACCUAGCCGCCAUUCCCAAAGUCAAAGCCAUUUAUGAUAUAGACCGCCCUGAUCUGAUUACCUACGAGCCUUUGUACACCUUGUCCCUUGACGAGAGGGAGGAGAGGAAGGAGAGUGUGGGAGAGCUCCAUACUACGAGAAGGGAGCGUUCCCCCAUGCCAGAUGACAAGUCCUCAAGAAACAUGUCACCUACACCAUCCGCUAGCUGCUAUGACAUAAGAGAACGCAUCCUUCAGAGGUCUACCAGUCAGGGCUCCAUCGGCUCACCUGUCUACAAUCGUCAUAGUUACACCCCGUUGUCACGCUCACCACAGCAUUUUCACAGACCAGGCACUGAUCCACAUAGCGGGCGGAGCUCCCCUAUACCCCAAAGGCCAGACAGCCGGCCUGUCACUCCGCCUCUCUCUCUGACCCCUAAACAUUUCCACCUCCCAGAUCAGGGGAUCAACAUUUACAGGAAACCACCCAUCUACAAACAACACGGAUCAGAAGGAGGAAGGAGAUGGUCUAGGGAAGAGGAGGAAGAGGAGGCCCUGAAGAGAAAGCAGCUCCAGGAGGAGCAUAUCAACAAGAUCCAGUCUGGUUUGGGGAAGCUGAUAAUGAAGGAGGAGAAUGAGAAGGAGCAGAUCAGGGAACGCAGCCAAUCAGCUCAGCGCUAUGAUCCCCAGCAGACAAACUGUGAUGGAGAUAAUUCCAAAACCUCAUCGCUGCCUGGUUAUGGACGGAAUGGAUUACACAGGCCUCAGUCCGCAGAUUUCACUCCUUACAACAGCCAUGGCAACAUGUGUGGGGGAGGAAGAGAGUUUCAGCACAUUAGGGAUGGCAGUGCUGCAGUAACAAGAAUGGACAGGGGAGUGUCUAUGCCUAAUAUGUUGGAAACAAAAGUUGUACCAUAUGAAAUGCUCAUGAUAACCAGUAGAGGGCGAGCUAAACUGCCCAGGGAGGUGGACAGAACAAGACUGGAGCGCCACUUAGCCCCAGAAACGUUCUUUGACAUCUUUGGGAUGGAGAUCCAGGAGUUUGACAGGCUUCCACUGUGGAAACGCAACAACAUGAAAAAGAAGGCCAAUCUCUUCUAGCAGUCAGAGCAGAAUGCACUCAUCCCAUCC